AUGGUCGAUCCCAAUUUCUACACCUUGUACCAGGGAAUGCACGUCCCCAGUUUCUUCUACACUCCGGAGUCUCUGAAGUACUGGGAGGACUUCACGUUUCGCCCGGAUGAUGUCAUUGUAGCAACGUACCCCAAAUCAGGUACAAACUGGGCGAUGGAGAUGGUGCCACUGGUUCUGUCUGGAGGGGACUCCAGUCUGGUGGACUCGGUGGCCACAUGGGAGCGCAGUGCCGGGAUCGGACAUGUGCAGGUCCUCGGCAGGGACCUGGAGAACAGGCCCUCCCCACGAUUCUUUGGUACGCACUUCCACUACCAUGCCCUGCCCAAGUCCUUCUACCAAGUCAAACCCAAGGUGAUCAACGUCAUGAGGAAUCCCAAAGAUGUGCUGAUAUCUGCUUUUCACUACUACAACAGUGUGGAGUUUCACUCUAAUCCAGGCACGCUCACUGAAUUCUUCCACAAUUUCCUCCAAGGCAAUGUUGCGUUCAAUUCCUGGUUCGAGCACGUGAAGGGCUGGCUAAAUGCGGAGGACAAGUCUCAUAUUUUGUACCUGACCUUUGAGGAGAUGCUGCAGGAUCUGCCGCAGGUGGUCAGAAGGACGGCUGAGUUCCUGGAGAAGCCCCUGGACGAGGAGCAGGUAGACAGGAUCGCAGACAGGUGCUUGUUUAAGAACAUGAAGAAACACAACAACAAAGCACCCGCCGCCAUCGACCACUCCAAGUUCUACAGGAAAGGAAUUGCUGGUGACUGGAAGAACCAUCUGUCAGAGGAGGAGGUGCAGCACUUUGACUCUGUAUACAAAGAGAAAAUGAAAGAUGUUGAUUUUAAGUUCCCGUGGGAUUAAAACGUUUUGUUCUCCAAAACCUUUCACUUUUAAUUUCUUUUUUUUUUUUUUUUUUUUUGGGUGG